AUGGCGAUGAGAGCCAUGAACUCCGAGAAUGAACGCCAAAUCCGAAGAAGUUCUUUUGAAGUGGAAUCUUAUGAUAAGCUCAUAGCCUCCAACAAGCAACUCUCCGAGGAAGUAGCGGAAAUGCGGAAACAUAUUCAGGAUGCCAAGUCAAUUGGAGCGAGAAACAUUGACUCAAGGAGGAAAAGCUCCAACCUCAGAACAAGGGCUUCUUGUCCAGCCGCAAAGACGGUUGGCAAGAAGAGUCUUGAGGAGCUGAUUGAGAGAUUCAUUGAUCAUACAUCGAGCAAUUACAAGAGCCAUGACAUGGCUAUCAAGAGCUUGGAGAGUCAAUUGGGACAGCUAGCAAAGCAAAUGUCCGAGAAUCACCAAGGUAAGUUUUCUUCCGAAACUUUAACUUUGACUGAGCAAGAAAAUACUGCUGUGGUUUCUACUAGGAGUGGAAGAGUGUUACAUGGGCCAGAGGAGAAAGUUAAGGGAGAGAAAAGUGAGGAAGCUGAGGUAGAAAGAGAUGAGGGUGUUAUGGAGGAAAGAGCUAGAGGGCCCACUAGGACUAGAGUUGUAAAUACCCAUACUCCUGAACUCCGCAAGAUUCCAUUUCCCAAGGCUUUGGUGAAGAAAAAUUUGGAUAAACAAUUUUCUAAGUUCUUAGAGAUUUUUAAGAAGCUUCACAUUAACAUUCCUUUCUCUGAAGCCUUGGAGAAAAUGCCAAUCUAUGCUAAGUUGAACUUAGGUGAGGUUACCCCGACUUUGAUUUCUUUGCAAAUGGCGGAUAGGUCCUUAAAAACCCGCUACGGGAUCAUUGAAGAUGUUGUGGUUAAGGUGGAUAAGUUUGUCUUCCCAGUGGAUUUUGUCAUUUUAGACAUGGAAGAGGACUCUAAAGUUCCUCUCAUACUGGGGAGACUAUUCUUAGCCACUGGUGAGGCUGAGAUUAAGGUGGCUAAGGGAACUCUAACUUUGAAAGUAGGUGAAGACGAGGUCCUCUUCAAUAUUUUUGACUCUUUGAAACACCGAGCGGAUGAGGAAGUUUUCCGAUGUGAAGUAGUGGAUGAGCUCGUGUGUGAAGAGUUUGUUAGGAUAUCUAUUAAGGACCCCUUGCAAACAACAAUCAUGGAGGGGUUAGAGAUAGAGGACCAAAAUCUUGAGAGGGAACUUGAUUCUUUGUAUCAUGAGGUGAAUGCUACUCUAUCUCAAUUAGAAUCUGUCUCAUCUCUUACCACUAAAAGCAUUUGGAAAGAAGAGUUAACUAGGGAUGAGGAGAUUCCAAUUGAGGAGAAGAGUGAGCUCAAGCCACUCCCUUCCUCUCUCAAGUAUGCUUAUCUUGAGGAAGGUGUGAUUUAUCCAAUUUCGGAUAGUGAAUGGGUAAGUCCCGUUCAAGUGGUUCCCAAGAAAGGAGGCAUCACUGUGGUUGCCAAUGAGAACAAUGAAUCAAAUGCUGGAUAA